AUGUUUGCAUUAAUUACAUUUAUCAUUAUUUUUGCUACAAUCGCUUAUUUCAUUCAUGUUAUAAAUAAAAUAAAUAAAAAUAAAAUACCAAAAGAACUUGAAGGUAUACCAUUUAUUUCUAACUGGUCUACAAUAUGGGCUUUAUUACUACAAAAGAAUCAUGACGUAAUUCAAGAUACGAUUGCAGAAUCUUCAAGAGUCCUAAACAUCAAUAAUCCUUUGUACCUUAAAAAUUUCUUUACAAAAAUAGAGGAUGAUGAUCCUCCAAAAAUUAAUUUGAAUAAAGGAAGAAUUGUGGGAGAAUUUUUCGGAGAUGGUUUAAUAUUUUCGAAUGGUGACAAAUGGCGGACUUUUAGAAAAUUAGCCAAUCCUGCUUUCAAUAAAGCCUUGUCCCCUGAUAUCGUUGGGGAAAUUACUUUUGAACUUUUUAAUUUCAUGAAACAAGAUUUAGGUAGACCGAUUGAUAUAUUCGAAACCAUGCAACGUAUAACGAUUGAAGUUCUUGGAAAAUUGGCAUUUGGAUAUAGAUUUGGUGCAAUAGAAUCUGUUUAUUAUCUCAUUUUUCCUUGGUUGAUUAAAUUACCGACAGAUCAAAAUAGAAAAUACUUUGAAGCUAAUAAAGAAUUUGAUGAGUUCAUUUCUGACAUUAUUAAGGAAAAGAGAAAUGAUAUUGAGAAUAAGAAGGGUUCAAAUAAUAGCCGAAUCGACUUACUAACAAGUAUGCUGAAGCUUAUUAACCAGGAGGGUAUUCAUACUGAUUCAAAGCAGUUAAGAGAUGAGAUGGUGGGCUUUUUCGUUGCGGGACAUGACACAUCUUCAACGGCGUUAAGCAUUUCGUUAUAUUUCCUUGCAAGAUAUCCGGAAAUGCAAGAAAAAGCACGUGAAGAAGUAAUUAGUAUACUUGGAAAUGAGCCAAUUACGCCUACAAUGGAACAAUUAAAAGAAAUGAAAUAUAUCAAUGCAGUUAUUAAAGAAGCCUUACGAAUUUAUCCUCCAGCUACAGCAAUAGUCCCUCGAAAAUUAUCAAAGCCAAUGAAAAUUGGUCCCUAUAUUCUACCAGCGGAAACUGUUUGUUCAAUUAAUAUUUGGCAAAUUAACAAUAGUCCAAAAUAUUGGGAAAACCCUAAACAAUACAAUCCUGAAAGAUUUUUAAAUAAUGAAAAUAUUAACGCAUUUUCUUGGAUCCCAUUUUCUUCCGGUGUAAGAAACUGUAUUGGUCAAAACUUUACUUUGAUGGAACAAAGAGUUAUUCUUUCAAUGUUUUUGCUCAAGUAUAAAUGGACCCUUCCUGAAGACAGCAUUCAUAAGAACAAGAUAUUGUUUGAACCUCAAUUUUUAUUAAGGCCUAUUGAUCUAAAACUUGUAUUUACUGAAAGAAACCAUAAUAUAUAA